AUGGCGGUGUUAGUCCGUUCCUCUGCAGGCUCUGGUGCCCAUACUGCGUACCCCACGAGUCGACUAAAAAGAUUCCUCUGCAGGCUCAGGUGCCCAUACUGCGUACCCCACCAGCAACACCGCGUGUCCAACACAGCACUGCCUACUCCAUCCAUGCACAUGCCAUGCUGCCCCCACACCACGUGCCCCACCUGGAUGCCAUGUGGCGAGCCGUUACUGGUGAGCACCGCGCGGUGCUGGUCCGUCUCUGCAAUGUCCGCACUGGGGAAGAUGCGCACUGCUGCUAUACUAACUGCCGUGCUCACUGCACUCUGUGUGCUGUUGGUAGCAGCAGCAGCAGCAGCAGCAGCAGCAGCAGCAGCAGCAGAGGAGGCGGUGGUGGCAUUGGCAGGGGAGGCGAGCAGCAGCGCCCACAGCUUGCUGGCGCGCUCGUCCAGCGGCGAGUGCAGAAAGAGCCGGCUCCACCGGUGCGGCGCCAUGUCGACAAUGGACGCGCAGGAUGAGCUGGAGGAGGCGGUGAGCCGAAUUUACGGCGAGUGGCUUGCGCGAGGCGGCGGCCGCUCCGGCUCUCGGACUCGGGGCGCGGAGGGGGAACAGGCGGCGGGCGGAAGGCGGAAGGAGCGGGGCGGGAGCGGGGGAGAGGGGCUGCGACUGCUACGGGAACGCCACGUGCGAUUCUUGUUGAAAGGAUUGGACCACCUCUCGAGCAGCUAUGCCAGCCUGGAUGCCAGUCGGCCAUGGCUGCUGUUCUGGAUCGUGCACUCCCUCGCCCUCCUCCAGCAUCCUCUUGACGCCUCUCUUGCUGCUCGGUGCGCCGACACACUGCGCCGCUGCCAGAAUCCAGAGGGCGGCUUUGGAGGUGGGCCUGGACAGCUGGCCCACUUAGCCACCACGUAUGCAGCUGUGGCAGCGCUGGUGACGGUGGGAGGGGAGGAGGCUCUCUCCGUGGUCAACAGGAAAUCGAUGCUUGCCUUUCUGCGCCGCAUGAAGUGCCAAUCAGGAGGUUUCAGGCUCCAUCAAGGGGGGGAAACGGACGUGAGGGGGUGUUAUACUGCUAUGGCGGUGGCCCACCUCCUCUGCAUCCGCCCACCUGACCUUACAGAGAACGUGGCAGCAUACGUAUACAGGUGUCAGACUUAUGAAGGGGGCAUUGGGGGAGAGCCUGGCGCAGAGGCGCAUGGGGGUUACACAUUCUGUGGGCUCGCUGCGAUGCUAUUGGCUGGUGCUGACCCUUGGGAGCAUCUCAACCUGCCCCUGCUCCUGGACUGGCUGGUGUUUAGGCAGGGCAGUGUGGAGGGGGGCUUUCAGGGGCGAAGCAACAAGCUGGUGGACGCCUGCUACAGCCUCUGGCAGGGUGGCCUCUUCCCUCUCCUCGCCCUCUGCUCCUCCUCCCACACCCGCCCCACUGGCGAUGCCAGCUCAGCGCAACAGCCGAGCAAAGUGAGCUCAGUGCCGCGUACGGAGGGUGCAGGGGGAGAGCAGCAAGGCAUGCAGGCGGACAACAAUGGGGAGGAGAGGGGGGCUGUUGGCGAGCCCAGUGGUGUCGCUGGUUGUUCCGGCCAAGAAAAGAGCCAAGAACAGAGCGGCGCUCAAGAGCGCUCCAGUGGAAGCGAAGGCGGUGGAGGUGAUGGGAGAGGUGGAGAGGGGGCGGAGGAUGAGGAGGAUGAGGAGGAGGAAGAUGAGGAGGAUGAGUGGGAGGAAGCAGAUGUGGAGUCGUUUCACCGUGUUCCCUUGGCGGCUGCUGCUGACCUCUUCCCUUGCCCCGAGUCUCUCUUACCGCCUGCUGGAGCUGGGGAGGGAGGCGAGAGGACGGGAGGAGAGAGGGGGGGAGGAGAGGAGAGGGGAGGGGAGGGAGAGGAGGGGAGGGAAGGGGCGGCAGGUGCAGUGCGAGGGGAGUCGGGGGACAGGGCAACUGCACGUGGUGGGAGUGAUUGGGUUGGCAGCUUCUGUUACAACGACGUGGCGUUACAGGCAUACCUGCUGCUCUGCUGCCAGAUGCCAGAGGGGGGACUGAGGGACAAGCCAGGCAAGGCACGCGACUACUACCACACAUGCUACGCCCUCAGUGGCCUCACAGCGGCCCAGCACUCCCAUCCAGUGGCCUUACCCACCCACACCCAUGCCCCCCAGCAAGCUGCGGCUAGUGUGGAUGUAGGAGUGGGGGGAAGUGUGUUAGGGCCUGUUUCGAAUUUUCUGGCCGUGGCGGAGCCUCGAUGUAAUGUCAGGCGGGACAAGUAUGACGAAGCGAUUCUGUUCUAUGAGGAAUCACCGCGCGUAUCGGAACUCGGGCGCCAAGUGAUAUCUGCGCGCGGGCUGACUUCCGCGCAAGCGGCCCCACGAAUGGGGGAUAAGCGCAAAGCGAACGGGGAAGGGGAGGCUGAGAACAAGAAGUCAAAGGCGGCGGUAGCGGGAGAAGAAGGGUCCGCAGGCGCAGGGGGGGCAGCGGGAGGGGGAGGCGAGGUCAUGGGGGGGCCCUCAGGGUUUAAGGUUUUGAAAGAGGGUGCAGCGGAGAUUUUAGUACAGGGUAACGACGUGUUCUAUAACAAGGCGCAGGUAGUUAAUCGCGACCUGUCCGUUUGCGUGCUCCGCGCGUUCGUCGCAGUUCGGCGGGAGGAGGAGAAUCAGCGGGCCGCGGCGGCGGCGGCGGGAGUGAAGGGACGCGCGCUCCUGAAACACCCAAACGCGGACCUUGCGGCGAAAUCUGCGGCGGCUGCUGCGGCGAAGCUUAGAGGCGGGGAGAAAGGUGGAGCCGCGGAAAGCGGGGAAGGCGGGGAGAAAGGGGAAGCGGGGGAUGGGAAGGGUGAAGACAAAGAGGUGAAGGAAAGAGAGGGAAGAGCAGCAGAAGGGGCCGCGGGAGGGGAAGGAGGGGAGGGGAAGGAGACGAGCGGAGAGAAGGGGGACGGCGCGACUGCAACAGACUCAGCGGCUGAAGCGGGGGAGGGGCAGCAGCAGCAGCAGCAGCAGGCGAAGGUGGCCGAAGUGAAGCCUUUGAGAAUCUUAGAGGGCCUGGCAGCAUCAGGCCUCAGGUCGAUCCGGUAUGCCAAGGAGAUCCCGGGGGUGGGCGCGGUGGUGGCACUGGACAACGACCCCGUGGCCGUGCAGGCCUGCCAACGCAACGUGGAUCUGGACCCGUAUGGGACGCCGUCAGUCUUCCUGGACGGGGCGGUGCAGGCAGUGGCGGAUGGGGGCAUGCUGCUGGUGACAGCUACUGAUAUGGCCGUGCUGUGUGGCAACAACGCCGAGGUCUGCUACUCCAAGUACGGGGCCUAUCCACACCGUGCCAAGUACUGCCACGAGAUGGCCAUCCGCAUACUGCUUGCCUCCAUCGAAAGUGCAGCGAACCGGUUCAAGCGGCACAUAGUGCCGGUGUUGUCCGUGUCCGUUGAUUUCUACAUCCGCGUGUUUGUGCGCGUCUUCACGUCGGCGCAGGCAGUGAAGGCGACCCCCAGCAAGCUGGCACACGUCUUCCAAUGCUCUGGAUGUGACUCCUACCACCUGCAGCCCGUGGGGCGGGUUGUUGAGGGGCGAGCAAAGAGGAUCCAUGUGGACCAGACAACGUCCCCACAUGCAAACUGUGUUGUAGACAUUCUAGACAAUUCUUUCUUCUUUCUCAUCCGACUCCCCCCUCCUCUUUCCUCCCUUUCUUUACCUCCGUACCCCCCGGCCCUCCAGAAACCAGACGCCCCUCCCCCUCCCCCCAGGUACCUCCCCGGUUUGGGCCCAGUGAUUCCCCCUGCGUGUGAGCACUGCGGGCGGCAUCUAAGCAUUGGAGGGCCCAUGUGGUCGGCGCCCAUCCAUGACGCCAGCUGGGUUCGGCUGGUUCUGGGGGAGGUGCAAGCGGGGAAGGGCAGACUGGCUGGGUUCGGCAAGGUGCAUGGGCUGCUGACUGCCGUGUCUGAGGAGCUGCACGACAUCCCGCUGUACCUAGAUCUGCAUGAGAUCAGCGCCACGCUCAAGUGCACGCCGCCCAGCAUGCUGCUGUUCCGCUCCGCGCUGGUCAAUGCAGGGCACCGCGUGUCGGGGGCGCACUCCAACCCACUUGGCAUCAAGACCGACGCCCCGUUGGGGCUCAUCUGGGAUGUCAUGCGCUGUUGGAUCCGAGACCAUCCGGUGAAGUCCCAAGGGGAGGGCAGCCCAGCUGACACGAUUCUGGCCAAGCCACCCACGACUGAGGUCAACUUUGCCAAGGCCCCCAAGGCGUUGAGCAAGGCGCAGCAGAAGGGAGUGGCACGAUUCGUGCCCAACCCAGAGGCAUACUGGGGCCCCAAGCCACGUGCUGGGAGGAAGGACGCCACUGCCAUGGCUGUGCUGGCACGGGAAGAAGGCGCGGUGGGGAAGGAGCAGGCUGGGCAGGCGGAUGGGAAAGGGGAUGAGAUGGCCGAGUGA